UGGGAAGCCAUUUUGAAAACAGAGACAACUUUUAGUAUUAACAAAUACACAUUUGGUUUUUUUUUUUUUAUAAGCAUUUAAAAUAUGUCUCAUUAUUGAAGCUUGUUUAGAAUAUACAAAAAUCUACUUUAGUGUUAUUUAGCAGGAUAUUUCAGACUUUGAAAUUAUCAUCUUUGUUUUAUAAUUUUUUAAAAAUCCACGCUGUUUUUACGAAACUAAAGAUUCUAAUUCUACUCCAUAAAAUGGUGAACUGACAGAACCAUGAGACUCACGCUUGUUUGUUGUUUCUUCAAGAAACUCGAACACAUUCCCGGACACUUAACCAAAGGGAAGGUUCGUCUCUACCCUUACAUUACUGAAAGAAUGAAGAAAAAAGCCCUAGAAGAUCUUCUACGAGAAAGGAACAACCUGGCCAUCCUGUCGAAGUCGUUUCUCUCCCAGGAAGAAGAAAUCAAUCAUAUGAGCGAACACAAGGCUCAAAAAAACACCGAAUUUCUUCGACAUAGACGACAAAAAACCUGGUAUAAGCAUGUUGUUGCUGAAGAUUGCCUCAAAUCUCUGAAUGUUAGUAAAAAAUGGGAAUAAAUAUUUAUAACUACUUUUCAAA